UGCCCUGGGCUGUCGAGCAGUGCGCACUCUUAGCCUAGCUAUGCUUUGUGAAACUACGAGCCCCACAUGUGAUGCGUGCACAUGGCCAAACAUUGAAGUUCAACCAUACACAUACAUGGGUUGAUGGGAAAAGGGGCCCCACCGCUCAUGGAACCCUCAGCGGACCACAAGCGUCCCGCCUUUGGCAAUCGCUUCUUAACCGACGAGCAACACGUGUUCGAGCACAAUGCUUGGGACAACGUGGAUUGGGACGCAGACCAUCUCCAUCGAGUACAGCAACAGAUCGAAGACAAUUCCCACCACAAAAUGAGUUCCGAACGACGCCAAGAACUCGAGGACCAAGCCAGUCGCCAUUGGGAUCAGUUCUACCAAAUCCACCAAAACCGAUUCUUCAAGGACCGCAAAUGGCUCUUCACCGAAUUCCCGCCCCUGGCCGCAUUAGACCAAGCCGCCGGACCGGCCUUGUCCAUGCUGGAAGUGGGCUGUGGCGUGGGCAAUACCGUCUUCCCCGUCCUCGAAAUGGUCCAGAAUGCCCGGUUCAAGUUGUACUGUUGCGAUUUCUCACCCGUAGCCAUAGACGUGCUCAAGGCCGACAAGAACUUUGAUCCCGAGCGAUGCCUGCCUUUCGUGUGUGACAUCGGAUCCAUGGCCGCCUGGCAAGCCUGCCCGAUCCCGGCCCAAUCUUUGGACGUGGUCACCAUGAUCUUUUGUUUAUCGGCCUUGGAGCCGGAGCAAAUGGGUGUGGCCCUGAGCGCCCUCUAUGACCGACUCAAGCCCGGCGGGUGUGUGCUCUUUCGGGAUUAUGGCCAGUAUGAUCUGGCUCAGGUUCGGUUCAAGCCCGGGAAAUGCCUGGCCGAUAACUUCUAUGUCCGCUGCUGUACGGCCAAGGCGGUGUUUUGCCCCAAAAUGGUCAAAACAGUUGAUUUAACCUCAAAAAAUAUCUUUUUGACCCUAGUUAUAACUUAA